AUGGCAAACACAGUGGACACAUCAGACGCGUACUCGAAGCCUCCAGACGCGUUGAAAGUACGAUUCAAGUUCUGGCAGAAAGCAUCCAUCGCGAACAUUGAGACCAGCGCCGACAUCACCGAAUCUAAACCCUCACAUGACACUUACGAUGUCUGUAGUGGCUCGAACGGCGAUAUGGAGGUCACUCCGGCGAUGGUCUCAUAUGCGACGCAACGAGCAUUCGAAGUGGAAGACUUUCCCGGUUUGAUCAUCUAUCCAGACAUGUUACCACCGUCGUUGCAGGUAGGUCUGCUGAACCGUCUUCUACACAGAGACCUGUCGAAUCCCGAGCACAUGACAAAUGUGCAUCUCUUCCACCACAUGCAGUAUCCUGACACUGUAGGGCCAGAGACGGCGAAGGUGGGUUCGUUCUUUGGUAUGGAUCCUACUCACGAACUUCUCCCCAAAGAUACCGCUGUUCACAAGCCCCUCUCGAUCGAACGACUUCUCAGCAGAAAGCUCAGAUGGAUGACACUUGGGGGUCAAUACGACUGGACGAACAAAAAGUAUCCAGACGAGGUCCCACCAGCCUUCCCAGCCGAUAUAGCACAACUUCUGAGGACAGUGUUCCCAGAUGUAGACGCUCAGGCAGCUAUCGUCAAUCUCUACACUCCCGGAGAUAUCCUGGCCGUCCACAGAGAUGUAGCAGAGGAAUGCGACCGAGGCUUGAUCAGUAUUUCGAUCGGUUGCGAUGCGCUAUUCCUCGUCGGCAACGAAGACGGCACAAAACACGCCACCCUUCGCCUCCGUUCAGGAGAUGCCGUGGUUAUGAGCGGCACGUCGAGAUACGCAUGGCACGGCGUGCCCAAGAUCCUGCCCAAUACGUGUCCAGACUAUCUCAGGGAGUGGCCAGAAGAAUACCCAAGGUGGAAAGGCUGGAUGACGAGCAAGCGCAUCAACCUCAACGUGCGACAAAUGCAUGAAUGA